AGUGUCACUGACUGCUCAGUCCGGCUUUGUAGCGUCCGGAGGCAAAGGUCUAUACCGCGUACAGACCUACCACCCUAUCGCUUAAAAACGAACCUUUUUUUUAAUGAAAACGAUCGAAAAAAUACGAAUUAAAAGCUCAAGCUACGUUCUAAAAUCGAAUGCUACGUUCGCUUUAGUGUUGUUCAUUGAGUGUAUUUUAUUAUUUAUGUGAUAAGAGGUGUUUCGCAGUGGCAGUUUUUGAUACUGUGUGGAGUUGUGCGGAGUCCCGUUGCUGGCCGGUGUUUUAUCAAAUGUUUGAUGCAUUGAGAAGAGAUUUUUAAAGGUCUCCGCAAAUUAGACACUUAACCAUGUGUCGAGUGAAGACGAAAUAUUACGACUUGAUCGUACUGGGAUGACACAAAUAGACGCAUGACGUGACAACGUGAGCCGGCAGGAUGUCGCAGUCGGCGCUGGGCCUCGGCGGGGAGCGGCGGUACUCGGUGCCCUCCAACCCGCUGAUGCACGACCCGCGGGGCAUGCACUCGGAAGACCUGCACGCGUGGUCUAUAUACAGGCAAAACCUGAAUUCUGACUUCACGGACAGUGCUUUAGGUAGCACGGACAAGAGUCCACUACCUUACGGCAACUUCCAGCUGCGAGACACCACGGUACAGUCCAUACUGUCACACCCCAGAUAUGGACCCAAGUCGGCGCUUGGCUCGAACAUGUACACGUAUCUGAAGUUCGGACUGCCACGAGUUUUCCCACCGAACCACAACGGAUCACAGCGCUCAGGCACACCCAAGCCUAAAACUUCAAUAGGGAGUGGCAUGAAACCGGCUCCCAGGAUUCAUCGGCAAAGUCGAGGUGUACGGGAGACUUCGUCCGGCUACGACAGUUCUGACAACGAAACCACAACCAACUACAAGUACAGCCGCAAGUACCGCUCCGAUCCUGACUUCCGGAUGCAACAUCUACAUGCCUCACAUCAGCACAACACGGGUAUUCCCGUAGUCGCGAUGCAACAAGCCGGCAUUCGAGGCGAAGGCCAGUGGACCAACGCGCGGAACAAGUCCGUCAGCGAAGCGAACUUGCUGGGCAUCGAUGCCAGGCCGCCGCGCAGCCACUACAACAGGCGGAACAGCGUCGCAGACUUUGUGCCCGACAACGAUCACCAUAGUUACUUGAUGUCGCCAUCUCACCUUGGCGGGCGGAUGUCGAAGGCCGGAAGUCAUGUGUCCCUGUCCCACUCGCGAAAGCACUCCACAUUGCGGCCUGCCGAUCAUCUGGAUGGGUACACGCAUUCCGCAUACAUCUAUCCGAAUUAUUACGUUAACAGUUUAGAAAUCACGUCGCCGGAGAACAAGUCAACGUUACUGGUGUCAGGAUUAAGUUUCGAAGUGAAGUCUGGGGAAAUCCUAGCUGUAUUGGCUACCUCACACCAUGAAGCCACUGGUCUCUUAGACGUCUUAGCUGGAGUUCGGAAGAAAUUAUCUGGAGACAUUGUGAUUAAUGGACAACCGGUGGCGUCGUCGACCUUGCGAAAGGUGACUGCGUAUGUCAGAAAUGACACGAACUUGUGCCCGUCCAUGACCGUGGAGCACACUUUAAGGUUUCAUGCCGCGUUGAGACGGCCAAGGAAUAACCAUAACCAAGUCAAGAUGGAUGAUAGGGAUAGGAUAAAUCUACUCAUAGAAGAAUUAGGUCUGGAACAAGUUAGAGAUACAAAUAUUUGCCGGCUAACUAGAUCAGAGCUGCGAAGACUGAACGUCGCGUGUCAGUUACUCCAAGACAUGGCAAUUUUGAUCCUGGAUCAGCCAACCAAGGAGAUGGAUAUUUUCGACACGUUCUUCCUUGUGGAGUACUUGAGGAACUGGGCUAGCACCGGCCGGGUGGUCAUUAUGUCUCUACACCCACCCACUUAUGAAAUAUUUGCCAUGCUGACCAAGGUGGUGCUUAUUUCGGCUGCCAGGACAAUGUUCAGCGGAUAUAGGAGAGACAUGUUGCCAUAUUUUACUUCAAUUGACUAUCCGAGUCCUUCAUUUAAGAAUCCCUCAGAUUACUAUCUGGACCUAGUGACGCUGGACGACUUAUCGGCGGCGGCGAUGCUGGAGUCGUCGGGGCGCAUCGAGGCGCUGGCGGGAGUAUUCGCGGGCGCACACGCCCCGCCCGAGCCCCCGCCCCCCGUGCCUCUACCAGCGCCCGCCGCGCCCCCCUCGGCCGUGCGCCAGGCCGCCGCCCUUAUAGAGAAAAGUUUAGUGUUCACUCAGAUGACGACGCUAUCGAACGUAGUGAUGAGAGUGCUGCUGGCGGUCAUCAUGUCCCUCAUCACCGGCACCAUUUUCUGGGAUCUGCCCACCACUGACGCUAAACUGACCCAAAACGACCGGGUGGGGUUCCACUACACGGUGUGCUGUAUAACGCUGUGGCCGCUGCUGAUCUGGGUUGGAGCUCGCGAGGCUAGCUCUAUAAGGCGGCACGUGGAGCGAGACAUAUCCGCCGGCCUGUACUCCCGGACCGUCUUCAUACUGUUCGACCAAUUCCUGGAGUUGUGGUCUGGUGUGGUAACGUGGUUAGCGUUCCUUGUACCCAGUUACGCAAUGUCGGGGCUCUACGCGCAAUCACAGGCGUCGUUUGACGGGUUUUAUAUUUAUUUAGGAUACAUGGUGCUAUACCUGAUCAGCAUACAGAUGAUGUGUCGAGCGCUGAUAUUCCUCGUGCCUAUGGAAAAGACAUCAACAAUAUUCGCUGGUUUCUGCAUACUGCUCGCCACUCUAGUGAACGGCGCGAUGCUUCACCAGGCCGAUUUACCGCAAUACGUACGGUGGAUUGAAUACGUGGCGCCAUCUAGGUGGCUGCUGCCGGAACUACUCAAUAAGGAGUUGAGCGAGACUGCGCUUAGGAACAGCAUUAGCAAGGAGAUAAGGUGUACUAAUAAACAGAGACCUUAUCAAGAUAUAAUAGUGCAGUCUCCCUGCCCACCGCCGAACGGCACGCAAGUGUUAUCCAACUUCGAAUACCUUAGAACCGACAAGCUAUGGGAAUGGACCGAUGAAACUGUACUUAUAGCUCUAGCCAUCUUCUACGCAGUGUUUGCUAUCAUUGGAAUAUUCGCCUUCGUUCUAGACUGCACAAAAUACGCUAGAAGAAAGCACAGGGCUUCCUUGAAAGGUCACAAAGUCACAAUGAAUACGCCUUGACGAGACAUCUGAUAAACUAAGUGUUCAAGAAUAAAAAAAUGUGUUCAAAUUAUUGGAUAUAUGUAAAUCGAUUGCAAAAAGCAAGUUAAGGCUCUGGUUUAGCUAAAGUUUUUGGUUCGACAAUUUUUGGGGAAAAAAGUGAGUACAAAAAUGUGAGGUUUCGAUACGAAAUGAACUCGUGUGUCUUCAUUGGGUAUCUUAACGUGUGUACACAGAUAAUGUGGUUGUUGGUAAAGUCAGGUACGACUUCAAUGCCAAUGUUAAAUAUCAUUAAAACAGGUACUAAGAAGAGAUUCUGAAAUAAGUUACUGUUCUCAGAGUUUUACUAAAAAUAAACUUGAAAUUUUUGUAUGAUUGGGUACUGUUCAGAUAUAUAUUUUGGAUAUAAAUGUUGUUAACCUUAAAAAAAUGGUAAAAUAUUGAUUGAUCUAAGUUACGAAUGUACAAAAUGUUUAUUAUAAAAUAUAAGUUUAUUGGAAUGUAAGGCUGACUAUGUAGUGUCUUCCGUUCACGUAUAUUUAGUUUAUUUAAUUUUAGGCAUUUAUUCAAAAAACACAUUCUACUAUAGGUAGACCGCUUAACUGAGUCCUCGCCUGCGGGGUAAAGGGUGUGGGGAAGGACGAGAAUGGGGACCGUGCGAGGUGCGGGCAGCAGGCAUAUUCUUGUCAAACUUACAAGCACCUGCCACAUUUUUUUAGUGUGUAUGCUGUUGGUCGCAGAUGACCUUCACAGCGUCACCGGGUUUGGGGACGGCGAGAUGCUAAGGGGUGAGGUCCCCUUGCCCCGAGAAUUGGAGAGUGCGUCUGGAGGUAUUCCACGGGGGGAGUCUCCUCUCCGUCUGGUGCCUCUAGACCACGAACCUGAGGGGGUCGGCUCAACUAGAGGUUGUCUCUGACACUCGAACCUCUGCUCUAGUUAGCCGUUGUCGUGGGGACGCCUGCCGCCCGCACCUCUCACGGUCUCCAUUCUCGUCCACCCCCACACCCUUUACCCCGCAGGAGAGGACUCAGUUAAGCGGUUUACUUAUAAAGGAUAAUAAAAAUUGGUGAUUAUACUUUACUUCAGAAGAUAUAAAUAUAAUUAUUAUGUAGGUACAUUAAAUCACAAGUUAAUUUUAAGAUGACUCUAUUCUUCUCCGCAUUUUAUUAUGGAAAUGUGAUGACUAUUGAAUGCUCUUCACCCUUCGCUUUCUUUUCUGUCUUUCUUUAGAAGAAAAUUAUAAAAGUGAGCGAUAUAAUAGAUAAACAUAUAUGCUCUUAUACAGGUAGUUAUGAACUUGUAAAUAAAUAUAAUGUAAAACCGAAUUUAUGUUUUAAAUGGUGUCGAUUCUGGCAUGAUUAUCUAAAUUUAAAAUUCGAAAAUUUCCUAUUCUAAAAAUUAAUUUAACGUCAGUCUCUCCUUUUCAGUCUGUAUAGAGAAUGACAAGGAUACACUGUUGUCAAAUUCAAGUUUAAGUCUAAGGAAUCAUGUCAGAAUCGAUACCAAUCUAUCGUUAAAAAUGUUGAGAAAAUAUGACCCCUUUUGGCGAAUACAAGAUUUUAAAUAUUAUAUGUACUACUUUUCGAUUAACAAUGUGCCUAAUAUCAUAUCAAAUAUUAUUUAUGAACAGUCAUACUGUUUCAAAUUGUUACAUUAUAAAAUGCCACUGUCACAUUAGUUUGUUUUUAAGUUUUAAUUAUAAAAGUGGAGCCAUAUCACUUAAUAUAAAAAAAUAUUGUUAAGUUACCUUAAUUUCAGAAUACAUGUGUCAAGUAGUAAUAAUGAUAACCAAUAAAACUCCUUAACUAAUGC